AGUCUAAAUUCCGUUUAAAAAUUUAUAAUAUCCAAACAAAAUUUAGUUUUAAACCAAAAAUCUUCUGUCACUCACCGCCCCGGAUACUAGGCAUGCAAUGCAACUAAGCCUACACGAAUAUGUCCGUUUUCUUCACACAUCUCAACUCGAAUGACUUCUUAUGAUUACAUCACCCACGCAUAUUUUACGUAACGCUCUUAAUUACUACCACCUUUCAGUUAGCAUAAGAAACUUUGUUCUAUAACAAGCCCAUGGUAGAAGAUUUAAAGAAUUCACGAAGUCUAUAGGGAGAGGGCAAGGGAGAAAAUGGGAAAGAAAGAUACCAGAAUCCUUAUGAGAUUUGCAGUGCUUACAAUGGUUCUAACCGCUGCAAUAAUGGUGAAAGAAGUUACAAGCCUUACCCUUUGUAAAAUCGACUCAAACGAUAUGGAGAAAUGUCGUCCAGCCGUCACUGGAAACAACCCGCCGCCUCCAGUCAACGAGUGCUGCGUAGUGGUCAAAUCCGCUGAUCUUGCAUGCUUUUGCAGAUACAAGUUUUAUCUCCCAAUUUUAGGAAUUGAUCCAUCUAAAGUCGCGGCUCUUGUAGCCAAAUGUGGCGUUACAACAAUCCCUCGUAAUUGCCGUGCUUGAAGAACUGAGAUUGAGACAAUGAGACAGGUCUCUAUGGUGCUGUCAAAGAAUUGGCUGGAUCUUGUACUGCAUCUGAAUUUGUUAUGUUUUUUUUUUAGUAUUCUGAUCCAAAUAAAUCACAAAUUUGUGAUGAUUUUUCGAUAUACCUUGUGUAUAUAGAAAAACCAUGUGCAAUAUACUAAUGAAAAUGAUAAAUCAGUACUUUUCUUUU